AUGAAAACAGUGGCAGCAUUUGACAUCAUCACGACGACCAAAGAAGCAAAGAUCAUCAGCUGGAAAGGUUAUGACAUCCUUGUUCUGGGAUGCCAGGAUGUCAUCAUGGUGGACUAUCUUGCAUCAGUGGUGGUAGUGGUGAUAGUUGUGAUUGUGGUGCUGGCAGUGGUGAUAGUUGUUAUUGUGGUGCUGGUAGUGGUGAUUGCAGUGGUGGUAGUGGUGAUAGUUGUGAUUGUGGUGCUGGUAGUGGUAAUAGUUGUUAUUGUGGUGCUAGUAGUGGUGAUUGCAGUGGUGGUAGUGGUGAUAGUUGUGAUUGUGGUGCUGGUAGUGGUGAUAGUUGUUGUUGUGGUGUUAGUAGUGGUGAUUUCAGUGGUGGUAGUGGUGAUAGCUGUGAUUGUGGUGCUGGUAGUGGUGAUAGUUGUCAUUGUGGUGCCGGUAGUCGUGAUAGUUGUGAUUGUGAUGCUGAUAGUGUUGAUUGCAGUGGUGGUAGUGGUGAAAGUUGUGAUUGUGGUGCUGGUAGUGUUGAUGGCAGUGGUGAUGGCAGUAGUGGUAUUGGUGGUAGUGAUGGUUGUCACUAUGAUGAUUUUAGUGGUGGUAGUGAUAGUUGUCGUUGUAGAGAUUGCAGUGAUGAUAGUGGUGGUAGUGAUAGUUGUCGUUGUGGUGAUUGUAGUGAUGAUAGUGGUGGUAGUGAUAGUUGUCGUUGUGAUGAUUGCAGUGAUGAUAGUGGUGGUAGUGAUAGUUGUCGUUGUGAUGAUUGUAGUGAUGAUAGUGGUGGUAGUGAUAGUUGUCGUUGUGAUGAUUGUAGUGAUGAUAGUGGUGGUAGUGAUAGUUGUCGUUGUGGUGCUGGUAGUGGGGAUGGGAAGGGUGUAG